AAAUUCAAACGAAUGAUAAAUUAUAAAACGGUUACUAGUACAACCGUAGUGGUUUACGAAGAAUAUUGAUCUUUGUUAUUACUGAACGGCCGAGUCAUAUUUCACUUUCUAGCGAAGUACGAUGGAUAACGAGGAAUUCUACACGAAAGCGUCAGAAUACUGGUCCGCCAUUCCCGCAACCGUCGACGGAAUGCUGGGUGGUUUGAGCAAGUUGUCUCCAGCUGACAUUUCCUUCUCUAAAGAUUUCCUGUCCUCAUUUAUCUACAAUGGAACAAGUCCCUUAUCCACAAACGCAGCCCUGGAUGUCGGAGCGGGCAUCGGUCGCGUAACGAAACACUUGCUGAGCGGUUAUUUUACCAGAGUAGACAUGGUGGAACCCGAUCUGCAUUUCACAGAAAAAGCACCGGCUUACAUUGGUGCGGAUACAUGGAAGAAAAUCGGCCGCGUAUUCACUGUAGGUCUCCAAGAUUUUCGCCCGGAAGCGUCUGAUUCCGGGGACAGAGCGCUGUACGAUUGCAUCUGGUGCCAGUGGGCACUUUCUCACUUGCGCGACGACGAUCUGGUAGCCGCGCUGAAGCGAUUGCGCCAGGUCUUGAAUCGGACGGGACAUGGGAUUAUUUUUGUUAAAGAGAAUAUGGCAAAGCAGGAGGAUGAGUUUGAUGAAGCCGACAGCAGUGUAACCAGAACGCGGGAGAGUUUCUUGAAGAUUUUCAGCCGAGCGGGCUUGACUGUGAUUAAAGAGGCCAAACAGCCGAAAUUCCCCACGGAGCUUUAUGAAGUCAGGUUGUUUGCGCUGUCCUAAAACGGCAAAAUGAUCACUGCUAUCGCUGAUGGGAAGAUUUUCUGUGAUAGAAUACGCUGCAGAUAAACCGCGGUGAAGUGCGAUGAUGUUUUCCACAUUUGUGCAUUUGGAUUUUGGAAUGUUAAUUAAUGGCGCUUGAUCGCAAUAAUGGCAUGGAAAUAUUUUUCCUAUUAUAAAAAUAUAUGUCCUGUAUGUAUAUGUCCUAUAUGUUCAUUGAAAGUUUAAGUACUGUACUAUAA